GUCGUGUGACAUCACUUGCCGAUCCAAACCGCCCUAACCAACUGCAUCCCCUCACUAUCUGUCCGAGGCUCUGAGCACACUCAAGUAUGGCGUCGCGCCAACUUCGAGCAUUGGCGCUAUCCUCUGGCGUCACAAGAGCAGCCUUCUCUGCCAGACAGCCCAGGUUACAACUUACACCCAAGCUUCCGAGCACCACCAGAAUGUCGACGAUCGCGGCGUUUAAGAUCCCCAAGGUGUCAAACGAGCCCAACCAACACUAUGCCAAGGGCUCCGCCCAACGAGCAGGCUUGACCGCCGCCCUCGAGAGCCUGCAGAAGAGAGGCGCCCUGGAGGUGCCUCUCGUUAUCGGCGGGAAGGAGAUCAAGACUUCCUCCACCGGGAGGCAGGUCAACCCGGCGGACCACCAGACAACCAUCGCCACCUACUCCCAGGCGUCACCCCAAGAUGUCAAAACCGCCAUUGAGUCGGCCCUGGAUGCCAAGGCCGACUGGGAGUCCCUGCCGUUCGCCGACCGCGCCGCCAUCUUCCUGAAGGCGGCAGACCUGAUCAGCACCAAAUAUCGCUACGACAUCAUGGCUGCGACGAUGCUGGGCCAGGGCAAGAACGCGUGGCAGGCCGAGAUCGAUGCUGCCGCCGAGCUUUGCGAUUUCCUCCGCUUCAACGUACAGUACGCCGAAGAGCUUUACGCCCAGCAGCCCGUGCACAACUCGCCAGGAAUGUGGAACCGGGUCGAGUACAGGCCGCUCGAGGGCUUCGUCUACGCCAUCAGCCCCUUCAACUUCACCGCCAUUGCCGGCAACCUGCCUGGCCUCCCGGCCUUGUUGGGCAACGUUGUUGUGUGGAAGCCGAGCGACUUCGCCAUUGCUAGCAACUGGCUGCUGUACAACAUCCUCCUCGAGGCUGGUCUGCCACGGAACGUCAUCCAAUUUGUGCCGGGAAACCCGGAGGAGGUGACGAAGGAGGUCUUGGCUCACAAGAAAUUCGCUGCGCUGCACUACACAGGCAGCACGGCCGUCUUCCGCAAACUGUACGGACAGAUCGGCGCCGGAGUUGCCGAGGGCCGGUACCAGUCGUACCCCCGUAUCGUCGGCGAGACUGGUGGCAAGAACUUCCACCUCAUCCACUCGUCGGCCGACCUGGAGAAUGCCGUCAUACAGACCGUUCGCGGUGCCUUUGAGUACCAGGGGCAGAAGUGCAGCGCCACCUCCCGUCUCUACGUGCCUGCAUCCGUGUGGCCGCAGUUCAAGACUCGGUUGGUUGAGGAGACCCAGAAGCUGGCGGUCGGCAACCCCUGCGACCACCAGAACUUCAUGGGCCCGGUCAUCCACGAAGCCUCGUUCAAGAAGCUCUCCGGGGUGAUUGACGAGGCUAAGAAUGACAAGGACCUCGAGCUGCUCACCGGUGGCACUUAUGACAAGUCGAAGGGCUACUUUGUACAGCCGACCAUCUACCAGGCCCGGACGCCGGACCACAAGCUCUUCUCGACGGAGCUGUUCGGCCCCGUUUUGACCGUGUACGUGUAUGACGAUACCACGGACCCGGUGGGCGCAUUUGCGCAAGCCUGUGAAAUGGUGGACACGGCCAACGAGUACGGCCUGACCGGGUCGGUGUUUGCCGCCGACCGGGCCGCGAUUCGCUUCGCCGAGGACAAGCUCCGCAACUCGGCAGGCAACUUCUACAUCAACUGCAAGAGCACGGGCGCCGUGGUGGGCCAGCAGCCGUUCGGCGGAAGCAGGGCGAGCGGAACCAACGACAAGGCCGGCAGCAUCGCAAUUCUGUCCCGGUUCGUCAGCAUGAGGAGCAUCAAGGAGGAGUUCAACGCCACCACGCGGGUGGAAUAUCCCAGCAACGAGGUCUAGAACAUCCGAAGUUCCGGAGGAUAGGAUACGGCGGAAGGAACCGGACAAGUACAAGGGACAACAAGGA